CACUCUUCAGCAAACUUCACUCAGCGGCCAUCUUGCACCCAGGACAAAAGCAGAGCAGAAAAGUUAAAGAAUUCAUUGAAAAUAGUGUGUUAAAUUGCAAUUUUCACCAGAAUUGUAUGAGUAGAAUAUGUCUAAAUACCUGAUCUUCAUGUGUACAUAGCUAUGGCUGCGACGAGAAAGUUGCAAGGAGAAAUAGACAGAUGCUUGAAAAAAGUGACUGAAGGAGUGGAAACAUUUGAGGAUAUUUGGCAGAAGGUUCACAAUGCCACGAACAGUAAUCAAAAGGAGAAGUACGAAGCUGAUCUCAAGAAGGAAAUCAAGAAGCUGCAGCGAUUGCGUGAUCAGAUUAAAUCAUGGAUUGCGUCGGCCGAGAUCAAGGACAAGAAUGCGCUGCUGGAGAAUCGGCGGCUCAUAGAGACCCAAAUGGAGCGCUUCAAAGUGGUGGAGCGUGAGACUAAGACAAAGGCAUACUCGAAGGAGGGCCUUGGGGCCGCUCAGAAGCUAGAUCCCAUUCAAAGGGUGAAAGAGGAAACGAGCACGUGGCUGACAGCGUCAAUUUCCAAUCUGCAAAUCCAAAUAGAUCAGUACGAGAGUGAGAUUGAGAGUUUGCUGGCGGGCAAGAAGAAGCGCCUGGAUAAGGAUAAGCAGGAUAGAAUGGAUGAGUUGAGAGCUAAAUUGGAUCGCCAUAAGUUCCAUAUAACAAAAUUGGAGACGAUUCUGCGGCUGUUGGACAAUGAUGGAGUUGAAGUGGAACAAAUCCGGAAGAUUAAGGAUGAUGUGGAGUACUACAUUGAAUCAUCGCAGGAUCCGGACUUUGAGGAGAAUGAAUAUAUUUAUGAUGAUAUAACGGGAUUGGAUGAGGUUGAGUUGUCGGGGACGGGAAUAGCAUCGUCAGCGACAACAGACAGCAACAAUAGCAAUGAUACUGGUGGAUCUCCGAGUAGUAUGACAUCGGGUACGAGUCCGACGCAAUCUCCAGCACUCAAUUGCAGCACAGCUACAACUCACAAUCACAGCACAGAUUCCGCCAGUGCUGAUUUUGUCAGCGAAAAGAGGCCCAAGGAGCAGCAACAGAUGAAGGUGACUCCGGUGAAGCCGACGGCGGUGAGAAUGAGCAAAAUUGACCUGAAUGCUUCGGGAGCUGCCACGAGUUUGCCGAUGGCUGGCAGUGGUGCCAAUUCCACGGUCAGCAGCAAUGCUGUACUCAAUAGUAGUAGUGCAGCUGGUGCGGCUGGAGCUGCUGGCCAGAAGGAUGCUGCACAGCCGAAAAUUGUGUGUUCAACGCCCAGCAAAAAUCAUCAAAUGCCUCAGGCGCUGGUCUCGCAGGCGGCAGCUUCGCAGCCACCAGCAGCAGUUCCAUCCACAGCUACAAUGGCUUUCGCUGUCGUUGCCAAACACAAUACAUCACUCGUUGAGAAUGGUCCUGUCCAUCAGCUGCCAUCAUAUUCCACGGCAACGUCGUCAACGGGACUGUUAUCGGGUCUUAACAGCAGCCAGCAGCAGUCGCUAGUGACUAAUAUUCCACAAAAUCAAAGCAUCUCAUCGACAGGUAGUGUCGUACCUCCUCAGAUCCCGAAUAGUAAUUUGAUACACGCCAAUUCGACUGCCGCGGCAGCGUCGGAAGGCGUCUUUACAAGCAGUACUGUGAGUAGCAACAGUAACAGCACCUUGACAAAUUGUGUUUCGCCCAGCCAUUCUGUGGUCAGUAGCAGAGCAUCUCCGGGAUUGCUCUCGCCGCAGCAGCAAAUGGUGAAUGGCCCAAGCAUGAAUCUGAAGAAUAUAGCUGUAUCGUCAAACUCUCUGGCAGCUUCGGUGGCUGCUGUUGCGGCCGCGGCUGAUUCAAUGUCAACACUGAAGACAAUGGCCCAGGAAGCCAUUUCGCGUGCUGGAUUGUCCACAGUAUCGCAGUCUUCGGUGUCUGUGACGGGGAAUCUGUCCUCGGGUGGCAGUUCCAUAGCACCAACUGUGACAACAUCAGCUGUUGCCCAAUCGGCCGUUACGUCGGCCAUUCUGCCGCAGCAGCAACAGCAACAGCAACAACAGCAGCAGCAACAACAACAGCAGCUGUACGUGGACUCGAUGACGGCUGCAGCAGCAACAAAUGGACCCAACACGAAUGCCACAAAUGCCGUGGCAAGUAGUAUUAAAAAUUCGGGGACAAAUGAGGCGCACAUCCCGCCACUGCUCGGCGUUGCACCGCUCGGACCGUCACCUCUGCAGAAAGAGCAUCAAUUGCAGUUCCAAAUGAUGGAGGCUGCUUUCUUUCAUUUGCCAACACCGAGUGAUUCUGAAAAGCUGAGAACUUACCAGCAGAGGCAACCAGUUCAGACACCUCUCCACUACCCUCAGAAUCAACUCCCUCAUUCAGACUCUGUUGAAUUUUUUCAACGAUUGUCACCUGAGACACUAUUUUUUGUCUUCUACUACAUGGAAGGGACAAAAGCUCAAUAUUUGGCAGCCAAGGCUCUCAAGAAGCAGAGCUGGCGCUUCCACACAAAGUACAUGAUGUGGUUUCAGCGUCACGAAGAGCCCAAAAUUAUCAAUGAGGAAUACGAGCAGGGGACGUACAUAUAUUUCGACUAUGAGAAAUGGGGGCAACGAAAGAAGGAAGGAUUCACAUUUGAAUACCGGUACUUAGAAGACAGGGACCUGAAUUGAUCUAUAGUGAACAUUUAUGAUUUCAAAACAACGGCUCAUAUUAAUGGAGAUGUCUCCAAGUGAUGCAUCUCUCUACUCAAAAACAAAAAAAAAAAAAAACAGUUUGCAAAAAGAGGAAAAAAAAUUCAGGAUACCGGAACGGAAGAGAAACAAAGUAGAAACUGAUAAAAGUCGAAGAAAAGUACGAUGGACGUUUGAGCAAAAAAAAACACAGAAAAAAGUGAAAUUCCGACAUGAAUGGGACA